ACAAGCCAGCAUGGCGCCUUGCUUUGUGAAGUUUGACGCAUAGUAAACAGCCGGUAGCUGUUCACUUUAAAAAUAUUUUUAUAACAAAAUGGAAGAACCAAUGUGUAUUAGAAGUAUGGUUCGCUACUACUGCACCGCCGGCAACGGAAUGGAGAAUUUUUUAAUUGAGGAGGUGAAGAAGAAGCUAGCCGCUGAAAACGUGUGUCAGAUUCCAGGUAAAGUGUUGUUCAGCUCCCCUGCAACAAUUGAAAAAAUCAGUGGCUUGAAGGCUGCAGAAAGGCUCUUUCUUCUAUUGAAGCAAGACUCACCUUUGAGGCCGUCUGCUCACACUACCCCAGCAAAGGCUGCCUCGAUGUUGCAAUCCAAGCUGCUGGCUGAGAGGUAUCAGUGGACCAGUGCUGUAAUGACCUGGAGCCGCCUGCAGGGGGAGCUGGCAGCCAACAGUAAUGCUGUCAAAACGCCAAACACUACCCAGGGAUUAAAAAAGGAGAGAGAGGAGGAGAAAGGGAAGAAAGAGCAGUGCCUUGUUGAUCCUCAAAAACAGAGAUGUACACUGAAGGAGGAGGAGAGGGAAAAUAAGAGGUCUAGAAGUUGUGAACCAAAUGAAAUACUGACACCGGUAAAGAAAAGAAACACAGAUGAAGAUGGAAAUAAUGUGUGGAAAGAGGAGCCACCUGAAACAGACAGAAGGAGGGAAGAAGAGGCAGCAAUGGCUUUGGAGUUUAGCAGCUAUAGAAAAAAUGGAACAAACUUGAUUAGCAGCAGAUUCGUUUCUGAGAACACAACUCAAGAACUGGAGCACAUUGUGGAAAGUAGCAGCAGGGCGGUGGAUGAAAUGGGAGAAAAUAAAGCUUCAGAAAAUGUAGAAAACAUUUCCUUUAGGAUUAGCUGCAAGUGCAAUGGAUCACUAUCCCGUUUCCUCUGUGCUCAGGAGGUAAGCAAAGUGAUGGGAGCAGGUGUGAGCAAACUGCUGGGCUGGAAAGUAGACCUGAAGAAUCCACAGCUGGAGAUUAAUGUCUAUUUGAGUGACGACUACUGCCUGCUGGGAAUUCCACUGACCAGGUUACCUCUAGCUAACCGGACCUAUAUUAAAACCACGGGACUGAGGUCUACAGUAGCCUGGGCCAUGGCUUCGUUAGCCCAGAUACAGCCAGGCUUCUGUGUGGUGGAUCCGAUGUGCGGGGUGGGAACCAUCCUCAUAGAAGCUGCACAGGAACACAAGGCUGCCUGUUUCUUGGGUGUGGACAUUGAUGAUGGACAGCUGCAGAGGGCCAGUGAGAACAUAGCAUAUGCAGAGCUGGGAAACAGAAUACAGCUGCUGAAAGCCUCAUCCAUGGCGCUGCCUCUGCCCAGUGCCAGCGUAGACGCUGUGAUCUGUGACCUGCCAUUUGGCAGGAAGUUCAGCUCCAGAACAAACAUGGCUGCCAACCUGCCACUCAUCCUCAGUGAGAUGGAGAGAGUUCUUUGUUUAGGUGGGACCCUGGUUGCCCUUUUGAGUCCUCAGUUGUCCUGUCUUCUGAAAAAACUCCUGAUACAAAAACACACUGAACCAACAUCCAACCAGGAAGCAAAGUUUCAGUCUGGGAUUCAGAACUGUCUUUCAUCUGAAUCUUCAGCAGAGCAGCAGACUUUUCAAAUCCAUCCAGGGGUCGGAUGCUCACAUACCCAAGAAAGGGCGCCUCAGCACAGUCUGCGGCCUCCUUUGUCCUCUUUGAAACAUCAGACGACUGUCAGAGUCAGCUUAGGAGCAAUCGAUGGACUUAUUCAUAAAUAUGUCAAAACAGACAUUUAAUCAGUGUUGGUUGUUUUUUACAGUAACUAGUUUGGCUCUUUGUGGAUGAUCACAGCAGAAAAUAGUUCUGUUGAAAUCUUAGUUUGCUUUAACUUCUCCAUAAAUGAGAUUUUUUUUUUUUUUGUAAAAUAAUAUAAAUGUAUGCUCAUAUAAAAACACAUUUAAAAUAAACAAGUUGUAGUGGUCUUUUUUCAGCUGUGUUGCAUUUCUUUACUUAAUAACACUUCAUAAGCUUUUGAAAACUUCUUGCUUGUUGCAGGAUUUCAGGCACUAAGUGCUGUGAUGUUUGUUAGAUGAUGUGCCACAUGUUUCCAGUGCAGAUAGGGCUAUCUCGCUCCUUAUAUACUGUUGAAAUAUAUCCAAAAUUAGGUUUGGAAUCACCCUUUUGAAACUGGCAAGAUGUGAUGUUUCACCAAAACCUUUCCAUAUAAGUAAAUUAAUAGAAUUAAUAAAUUAAUUAAAUAGAAACUAGUGUAUCAAAGUAUCUAAGCGCACAUGAAUGAACAUUGUUGUAAAUGCACCAAUUAGCUGAAAAGCUCUUUUUCCAUCUGUAGGCUCUGUAGUGUUAGUUAUGUAAUAAAUAGAAUAUAAAGGGAGAAAAGGUUAUGAAAAUAAUUACAGCAAACAGCAAUACUCAGAAAGAUGUCAAUACCAAACACUAUUAGAAGCAUGAACACAGAUUUAAAGAAAUACAAUUAAAAAAAGCUGAGUAACCCAGUUGCUGCACCUUUUGAAAGCUGAUAGGUAGUUUUUAUGCUGAUAACUUAGCAGAGGAAAAAUCAGAUAAUAUACAAUUACAUGCAUAUUAAACAAGACGCCUAGAUAUUUAAUUUCCCUGACUCAGCAUAUUGUAUCUUAAAAACCAAACCAUUAAAUUGUGACAGUUUAAUACCAAUAAGUUUAAGUGUGUGUUUAUAAAAAAAAAACUGCAAUGCUUUUUAAGUUACGCUGGCCUGUGACCAGGUUGUUAUGCAGUAAA